AUGUUGGACAGGAAUUGGUUAAGAUCUUUGGCAUCUCUAGAUGGUGCAACCAAGAAUAUCUUGAGUAGUUACGAAUUUGACAAGGAAAGAAGCUCUGCUCUACCAAGAUUUGAUUACAACGACGCAUUUGAGAUCGGUAAUGUGGCAAGAAAUUUGGCUAAAGAAACUUUCCCCAAUAAGCCAGUGGUAAUUGACAUUUCAUUGCCCAAUGGACAUGGUCUGUUCAGAGCCAUUACUUAUACUGGUAGCUCCUUGGAUAACGAUUACUGGGUGGAAAGAAAGAGAAGAACCGCAAUGAGAUUUGGAUGCUCGAGUUAUUUUAUGGGUCUUAAACUCAGAGAGGUAAAGAAAUCUCCUGAAGAUAAAUAUUUCCUGGAUUCGAAGGAUUAUGCUUUCCAUGGAGGUGCAGUCCCCGUCUUCAUUGAUUCUUGUGAAUUCCCCGUUGCAUGUUUGACUAUUAGUGGGUUAAAACAGUUUGAGGAUCAUUGGCUUGCCGUUCAAGCUAUCAAUGAAUAUUUGGCAAAUAGCAAUGAGAAAGAUUUGGCUCUAGAUUAA